AACAUACCUAGGUACCGAGGCUUCUGUGCUUCUCCACUUGUUCUCGUUUGCGUUUUGCGCGCCCCAACAACGCAAACAAACAACGCCACUAGGAACGCCCUACGCAAGGCAAAAAAAUGCUAUAAAAAGGAAAUGUGCAAUUAUUUCUGGCAUUGAUUACUACACACAGAGGGGCAUUUGUUCUUGCGCAAUCCGUCCGCAUUGAUGGGAUGGGAUUGGUAAUGCGCUUUCUUUGAAACCCCACCUUUGAAAUUUGUCAAAUCUCAGAAUAUCAGGCCCUACCUUAUCUAACCCCAACAAAUACUCCAAACUCCAAUCUUGUCCAAAGGAGGGGGUGCCUAACCUACUUUUCAAAGAUGAAAACAAUAAUACAUAUGCUACUAAGAUCUGGAUUCAAGAAGUUAACCCCCGUUCACAUGCCAACCACACCGGGUUUAAACUAUAAAAAAUUACUCUUCUUGAUUCUGAGUUGGAGUUUGGGUGAUGCUACACACAACGAAGGGUUACAACGAUACAGAUCAAUCCACAUACACACAUAUAUACACGUGAAUGAAAAGAAAAGAAAUAGACAAGCAUCCAAUAUUCUCCACACAAAGCUUACCUGGGAAAAUAAACAAGAAACAAAUAACCGACCAUCAUGUAAUCAUCUCAUUUCAUCCAUCUCUUUAUAUCCUAGUCUGCAUGUACUCUACUCUGCCUUGCAUCGUGACAUGAGAACACAUACCAGUACAAACUAUCCGACUCACAACACCACUGCACCACCUACCCAUCCCCUUUCCCUCCCUCUCUCCCCGCAAAUCCCAAAAAAAUAUAUAUAUAAUCAAUGGAAUCAAUGGAAUCAAUGAAAUCCAUGUAAAU